UGUAUAACCUCUCACUGCCUCCCAUUCCUUUAAACACAGCAGAAAACCUUCAGCCACACAGCCUCCGCAGAGAAGGGUAUUUGGCUGUUCAUCCACCUCAACCAUGAUGCCAAGCCAGGAUGGGUUGUCCACAAUCGGAGACAACCUGCUGCAACCUCCCGACCAGGCUCGUGGCUCAACCAGGAACAGACAGAGACAGAGCUCCCCUGCCCGUAAACUGGGGAUGACCAGGAGACAGAAGGACAAGAGGGACUUUAAAGAGAAUGAGAACCCAGAAGAGAAGGGGAAGAGACACAAGGAGCAAGAGCUCAAGCCGCUGUAUAAAGAGCUGCUGUACACCAUCAUCCACAAGCUGGGGAAGCCAGCCUCAGCAGAGGUCUUCACUGAUAACCAGCUGCACCAAUACAUCAGAGAGGCUUUCUCUAUGGCAGAGGAUGAGCACCAGAGUUUGACAGAGAGGGUCCAGAACACAGAGCCUCCAGUCUACUGUCUGAUGGCCACUGUGAAGGAAGCCAAGGGCAUCCUGGGAAAAGACAUCAGUGGUUUCAGUGACCCAUACUGCUUGCUGACCAUCCUGGAGGAUGAGAAGGAGAGCAAGACACGACGGUCCAGAUCUAAACCCCGUAAAGCCGUGGUGAAGGACGCCGUCUCAGACGAGGAGGUUUACACGACAGAAACCAAGAAACAGACCCUCAACCCCAUCUGGAACCAAACCUUCGUACUGGAGUUUGAAGAAACUGACGGGGCAAGCUUCCACAUGGAGAUGUGGGACAGGGAUGAGGAGGUGUCUCUGGCACAGAAGCUUGAAGAGAUCAGAACCAACUUCCAUGGACUGAGGAGGAUGAUCAAGGAUGCUAAGAAAUUAAAAGGCCAGGAUGAUUUCUUGGGAAACAUUGUUCUGAAACUGAAGGACCUGCAUUGUACAGAGGAUAACUGGUAUGUCCUGGAGCCUAGAACAGAGACGUAUCCAGAUCGGGGCCAGUGUCAUCUGCAGCUCAAAUUCACCCACAAAGAGAGAGACGGGACAUUGAGUGCAGGUCGUAGUGCCUACGUCAACUACUGUGGGAUCCUACAGCAGUUUGUUCAGUCACACAUCUCUAAGCAACAGGGUAGUGGUCCGUGGAAAGGAGACUUGUGUGGGGAAGGACAGACCCUGUUGGAACUAUACGCCACUCAGAAUGACCUCUCACCUUUCCUGCAGGAUCUGGCGAAGUGGGUGGCCUACAGUAAACUUUACCAGAGUUUAGAGGUGGACUCCUCACUGCUACUGCAGCAGCUGACCAGUAUAGAGUACCACUGGCACCAACAGGAGCUGCCCUACCAACAGAAACAGGAGCUAGGGGACUCUCUCCAUGGUUUCCUGCAGUACGGACUGUGUCUCGUGGCCAAAUACAGAGACAUCUUUCCCCCAACACAGGACGCUAACCCUCGCCUACACACACUACUCAGAAUCCUGUCCCAGAUAUGUAAGACGCGGGCGUUUCAGAAGCUGAACCCGGCUCAGUUUGACCUGCACGACGAGGUCAAUGACGCGGUGCACUGUGGUACACAGGAGUGGUUCUCCAUUAAGAAGGGAUUACACCAGCCCAUGACCAAGGACAUGACAGAGACCGUGAGUGCCCUCUCGAGGCUGAUAGGUGAAGUGCAGGAGGACAUCAAGCACAACAAGGACAGCUGGAAUAGAGUGUUUGUCAGUGCUGUGCAGGUUGAUGUGUUCACUAUAGUCUACCAAAAGCUGGACUCCCUGUUGGCGGGGGAGGUGAGGGACACCCUAAACCAACUGGAGGGUAAGAUGGAGCAGAGUCUAGCCAAUGGCUUGUUCCCUCUCUACCUGAGUCUACAGGCCAUCCACAAAGACAAGGCCUUCCUACAGAAAAGUGUUAAACUGUUGGAGCUGACUAACUUCCAUGAGGGCUUCCGUGAGGCGCUUCCCUAUUGGUUGAACAAGGCCUUCAGCACCACUCAGGACAGGGUGGAGAGAGCUGUGCAGGUGGACCAGCUGCAGCCGCUUCAGUCGGGGAUGGUGCCCAUCAAACACAGCUCAUCAGCCGUAGACCUGGUGGCCUGUGUCCAGCCCAUCUGUCAGCUGUGGGAGCAGCUCUCCUGGCCAGACCCUGAGGAGGCCUUCAUGCUAAUGGUCAAACUCACUGAGGACGUGUGUAAGAUCGUGGUGAACUACUGUCGUAUCCUGAAGGAGCGGGUCAGAGAGCUGUCUGAGAACUCUGACCACAGCAGCGCUGUCAACAAGCUGUGUGUAGUAGUGAAUGACUUGGAACACCUGAGGUCGGUGCUGACCCGCCUGCCCCAGCAGCUCAACUGGGCAGCGCUUCGAGAACGCACACGUCACGUGAUAGGGGACCCUCAGUUCCACAACGUGCUCCCCUCACAGCUGCAGCAUGCACAGGGGGUCCUCAGCAGAGAGAUACGCUCUGCCUUAGAGACCGUUGGACGGAAGCUGAAUUCAGACAUUGAGACAUACGUCCGCAGCAUGUCUACUCGACGCCGACUCCCCUCCAAGUCCACUGAAGAUGCUGUGGUUCCUCUGAUGAAAUAUCUGGAGAAAGAGCUGCAGUACAUGAAUGAGAACCUGGUCCAGGAGAACUUUAACAGUCUGUUGACUCCGUUGUGGACUAACUCCAUAAGAACCUUAUACCAGGUGGCUACACAGCAGAAACAAGAGGGAGGACUCAUGGUGUUCUGUCAACGACUGCAGUACACACUCCAGUGUCUGGAGCAGUGUUUUUAUGCUGAGGGGAACGGACUGCCGCUGGAGACCCUACACACAGACGACUACAAAACUCUGAAAUCUCACUUGACACACAACUCUCUCAACUGCCAGCAGCUCAUAGAGAAAUUCCUGGAUAGGAAAGUAUGGGAACAGAAAGUUUACAGUGGAGAGAAGUAUGGCGCGGUCACACUCAUCGCAUCCUACAGGAGGUCUGACAGACUUCGAGUGGAAGUGUUGAACGCAGCUAAUCUCCUACCCAUGGACUCCAACGGUUCCAGUGAUCCGUUUGUCCAGUUGUGUCUGGAGCCUCGUCAUGUGUUCCCCGAGGUGGAGCCUCGCACCACCCAGAUCAAGAACUGUGACCUCAACCCUCUGUUCGACGAGGCCUUCGAGUUUAUGGUGUCAGUGGAGCAGUGUCAGGCUGCGGGGGCGUGUCUGGUGGUGACCGUGUUGGACUAUGACACCCUGAGAACAGACGACUUCGAGGGGGAGGCCUUCCUGGCUCUGAGGGCAGUGCCGGGUGUCGGAGGGGGGCCAGGGCACCAGCCAGACCCUUCCCCGGCCCAGAUACGCCUGCCGCUCACGCACCCCAAACCAAACGAUGACAGUAUCCUGAAGCUGUUGGAGUCGAGGAGAGGAGAGAGGGAGGCCCAGGUGUUUGUGAAGAAACGCAGACAGAGAGAAAAACAGUCACAGGAGGAGAAACAAUGAGCAUAAUAACAAAUAACAAAAAUAGACAUGUAUUUUAUUGUUCUAUACCAAAACAGACUCAAUGAAACACUGUUGCUGGAUGCAGUAAAGGGAUGGACUGUGUGCCAGGUGUGUGUCUGUGUAUAGUGCCGGUGCUCUUCACAGUGAUCAUGUCUUUUCACUGGAUAGCAACACAAGCACACACACCCCUGCUGUAUCCAAAGCAGAGGUGGUACCUGAUAACUGGUGUGGUCAGUGCAUGGGGCAAUUAUGACAUACAAAAACAAUGUAUAUUUGACACCCGUUUGAAAUACUGUGAAAUAUUAAAAUGCUUACAAAUGUAAAUUAUGCCCCGCCCCCAAAAAAUUAUACCUUGAAUUUUUUUUUUUUUAAGUUGGUUGUUUGACAGAAACUAAAUGGCAUUUGAGUUAACAUGAAGCGCCUUGUUAUUAAAUUUAACUAAUAUACAUCA